AUGGCAGAUCCAUUGAGAACAUACAUCUAUCAUGCUGCUAUGCUCGUGUUCUCAUCUUUGGGCACCUUGAGCAACCUAGCCACCGUGUGUGCCAUCUUACUGAACAAGGCGUUAAGGAAGGAACAGCAUAUCUUCACUUUCAACAUGGCUCUCGCAGAUUGCAUCUCAGCUGUUUCAAUGUUCAUCUUCAACUUGUAUGAGAUUCCCGAGGAUUUAUUUGAAAUAGGGGAGGACUCAUGGAUUGAAAGUUUGGGUACGACUGGCUUACUCAUAUCGAUACUAAGUACACUCGCUAUUGCCUUCGAGCGUCUCAUCAUCCUCCGCAUUGACGCUCUCGGAAGCCGUCGCAUCGUCACUGCCAGGCGAUCCAUAGCAGUCUGUGUGGUCGUUUGGAUAGUUGUGCCGGUGAUAUAUUUUCUUAUUCUUGGAUUUAACUUGUUCAACAGUCCCAUAUCAGAGGCUCUUGGAAACGUUGUAUUUUCGUGUAUCAUAUUGUCAUCUCUACUCAUCACGGCGAUAUGUUACAUCCUCAUCUACAAAAACAUCACCACGAUCUCUGAGAACGUCGGACUCAACGACGCAGCGCUCCAGCGACGCGCAAAAAACAGCAAAAAAGUACUCGUGACCUUUGCCCUUGUGGUCGCAAGCACGAGCGUGUGCUGGAUCAUCAUGUGCUGCAUUGUUUUUGUAGACUACAUCUUGUACGUGUAUUAUCAUCAAGAUCAUCGAGAAACUCUUUGGUUCUUGGUCCUAUUCGAGAUUGCCAACGUGUUAAUAAUCAUAAACGCCAUACUGAACCCGGUCAUAAUCUGGUUGCGUCUGACUGAUUUCAGAGCACAGCUGCGCGCUUGUUUUGAGAGACUAGGAUGUCGAAAGACGCAUGAAUCCCAGAACUCGUCCCAUGUUACACUGAAUUUGGCAACCACCACAACGAAUCGAUCAGUCUCUACCACCAACAUCGUCAUGCACGACAUCAGGGUGAAUUGA